AUGGACCCAUUCCGUAUUGUCAGUGAUAGUGGGGCGGCUUUCGCGAUGGGCAGCAUUGGGGGUGGACUUGUGCACACUUACAAAGGUCUACGAAACGCUCCAUCAGGUGCCUUCCGUCGAUUAGCCAGUGGUCUGGCCACUUGCCGGCAAAAGGCUCCACUGGUGGGUGGCGCCUUCGCCAUCUGGGGGGGCACCUUCACAGCGGUCGACUGUAGCCUCGUUUUUGCUCGACAGAAGGAGGACCCCUGGAAUUCUAUUGCCAGUGGUGCUGUUACUGGUGCUCUCCUCGCUGUGCGUCAUGGGCCAGCAGCCAUGGCUGGGCAGGCCGUUGUCGGCGGCGUCAUUCUUGCCCUUAUUGAGGGCCUUGGUAUCAUGCUCAAUCGGAUGACGCCUCUCAUUGAAGAUAUCGGCAACCCGUCUAGAAAUGCGUCAAGUCAACCGUUUAAUGCUGGAAAUUAUCAUAAUUAUUAUGCCAGAGGAUGCAGGAAUGGCACAGCAAAUCCCCCUUAUCCACCCAUGAAGAGCCCAUAA